GGGAAGCUGAGGCUGCAGAGCUAUCAAUGCUAACAACUAACAUACCCAGUCCUGCAGCUACAUCCCCUGUCCGAUUAUGGGUGUAGACGGAUGUUGUGAGUGACAUCAUCGAAUGAUCCCCUUGGCAACACGUAUAUCUCUAGUCUUUUGGGAAGCCCACCCCUCCAGUGGCCAACAUGGGGGACGACAGCGAGUGGAUGAAGCUUCCCAUCGAUCAGAAAUGUGAACACAAGGUGUGGAAAGCCCGUCUGAACGGUUACGAAGAGGCUGUGAAACUGUUCCAGAGGAUACACGAUGAGAAGAGUCCAGAGUGGGGGAAGUACCUGGGCCUGAUCAAGAAGUUUGUAACAGAGUCGAACGCUGUGGCUCAGCUCAAAGGACUGGAGGCAGCGCUGGUCUUUGUCGAGAACGCUCAUGUGGCUGGGAAGACCACAGGUGAGGUGGUGUCCGGCGUCGUGACCAAAGUGUUCAACCAGCCCAAGGCUCGAGCCAAAGAGCUGGGAAUGGACAUCUGUCUGAUGUAUGUAGAGAUAGAGAAGGUGGAGGUGGUGCAGGACGAGCUGCUGAAGGGACUGGACAACAAGAACCCAAAGAUCGUGGUGGCCUGCAUUGAGACUCUGAGGAAGGCCCUCAGUGAGUUUGGGUCUAAAAUAGUGACAUUGAAGCCCGUGGUGAAGGUUCUGCCCAAACAGUUUGAGUCCAGAGAGAAGGCAGUGAGAGACGAAGCCAGGCUGCUGGCCAUCGAGGUGUACCGAUGGAUCAGAGACGCUCUGAGGCCUUCACUGCAGAACAUCAACUCUGUUCAGCUGAAGGAGCUGGAGGAGGAGUGGGUGAAGCUCCCGUCUGCUCCUCCCAAACAGAGCAGAUUUUUGCGCUCGCAGCAGGACCUCAAGGCCAAAUUUGAACAGCAGAGUGCAGAGGGGGGAGGAGGCGGCGAGUGUGAUGAUGACGACAUGGCCGAGGCAGAAACAGCCGUCGAUCCGUACGAGCUGCUGGAACCCGUGGAGAUUCUGUCCAAACUUCCCAAAGACUUUUAUGACGAAAUAGAAUCUAAAAAAUGGCAGGAGAGGAAACAGGCUCUGGAAGCCAUCGAGGCUCUCGCCAAGAACCCUAAACUGGAGAACGGAGACUAUGGAGACCUGGUUAGAGCCCUGAAGAAGGUUGUGGGUUUUGACGCCAAUGUGAUGUUGGUGUCGAUGGCCGCCAAGUGUCUGGCUGGACUGGCCUCUGGACUCAGGAAGAAGUUUGGAACCUAUGCAGGACUUGUGGUUCCUACCAUCCUGGAGAAGUUUAAGGAGAAGAAGCCUCAGGUUGUGCAGGCGCUGCAGGAGGCCAUCGACGCCGUCUUCCUGACUACAUCCCUCCAGAACCUUUCUGAGGACAUCCUGGCUGUGAUGGACAACAAGAACCCGUCCAUUAAGCAGCAGGCGUCUCUGUUUCUUGCCCGCUCCUUCAGACACUGCACUCAGUCCACGCUGCCUAAAAGCCUCCUCAAACCCUUCUGUGCUGCUCUCAUCAAGCAAGUCAACGACUCGGCUCCCGAGGUACGAGACGCUGCCUUCGAGGCUUUGGGGACGGCCAUGAAGGUGGUGGGAGAGAAGGCUGUGAACCCUUUCCUGACUGAUUUGGACAAACUCAAACUGGAUAAGAUUAAAGAGAGUGCAGAUAAAGUGGAGCUCCCUGGAGGGAAGAAGUCUGCAGGAGGAGCAAGCAGUGGGGGAGCAGGGGAUAAAAAAACUGCAGCUAAAGCCCCGCCUUCUGCUGAAGCUCCACCCAGAGCCUCUGCUCCGCCCAAAUCCUCAGGUCCACCCAAGAAAACCCAAACGUCUGCUUCAGGAAAGCCAUCCUCAGGUCAAGCAAAAAAAGGCAAAUCAGCCGCCGCAGGUGGAAAGAAGACGUCGGACAGUAAAGAAAUGACGGAGACUGAACUGUCGCCUGAGGCGUGUGAGGAUCUGGCUGCAGGAGUACUUCCUGCUUCCUGUCUGCAGCAGCUGGACUCCACCAAUUGGAAGGAGCGACUUGCCAGCAUGGAGGAUUUCCAAAGGGCUGUGGAGACCAUGGAGAAGUCAGCCAUGCCCUGUCAGGCUCUGGUCAAGAUGUUGGCCAAGAAACCUGGCUGGAAGGAGACCAACUUUCAGGUGAUGCAGAUGAAGCUGCGCAUCGUGGCUCUGGUCGCUCAGCGAGGACAAUUUUCAAAGACAUCGGCCUCUGUGGUCCUGGAGGCUCUGGUGGACAAAGUGGGGGACGUCAAAUGUGGAGGAAACGCAAAGGAAGCACUGACAGCCAUCGGAGAGUCCUGCUCUCUGCCCUGGACUGCUGAGCAGGUGGUCUCUCUAGCGUUUGCACAGAAGAAUCCAAAAAACCAGGCGGAAACUCUGAACUGGUUGGCCAACGCAAUGAAGGAGUUUGGUUUUGCAGGUAUCAACGUCAAGGGCUUUAUCAACAAUGUGAAGACUGCACUGGGGGCCAGUAACCCCGGUGUGAGAACAUCAGCCAUAUCUCUGCUGGGGGUCAUGUUCCUGUACAUGGGAGCGCCACUGAGAAUGUUCUUUGAAGACGAGAAGCCGGCGCUGCUGUCACAGAUCGAUGCUGAGUUUGAGAAGAUGCAGGGUCAGUCUCCACCAGCUCCAAUCAGAUGCAUCAGGAAAUUGGCGUCUGCAGCAGAUGAGGAGGGGGAUGACGGAGAGGAGGGGGAUGAGGACGGAGGAGGAGGAGGAGGAGGAGGACAGGAUAUCAUGGACCUUCUGCCCAGGACAGAUAUCGGUGACAAGAUCACAUCUGUGCUGGUGUCAAAGUUGGAAGAUAAGAACUGGAAGAUCAGGAAGGAGGGUCUGGACGAGGCCGCCGCCAUCAUCUCAGAGGCCAAGUUCAUCACAGCCAACAUCGGGGAGCUGCCUCUGGCCCUGAAGGGACGACUCGGUGACUCCAACAAGAUCUUGGUUCAACAGACGCUGACCAUCCUGCAGCAGUUGGCUACAGCCAUGGGAGGUGGACUUAAGCAGCAUGUGAAAGCACUGGGAUUCCCUGUCAUCACUGUCCUGGGAGACAGCAAGGCCAACGUGAGGGCGGCAGCCAUGACCACUCUACAGGCGUGGGUGGAGCAGACAGGGAUGAAGGAGUGGUUGGAGGGAGAAGAAAUGUCUGAGGAGCUGAAGAGAGAGAACCCUUUCCUGAGACAAGAGGUUCUGGGCUGGUUAGCAGAGAAACUGCCCACGCUGAGGACGGUUCCUGCAGAUCUGAUGCUGUGCAUUCCUCAACUGUAUGCUUGUCUGGAAGACAGAAACGGGGACGUGAGGAAGAAGGCUCAGGACGCACUGCCCACCUUCAUGAUGCACCUGGGCUACGACAAGAUGUCCAAGGCCACGGGGAAACUCAAACAUGCCUCCAAAGAUCAGGUGAUGGCCAUGUUGGACAAGGCCCGAGCAUUGAUGCCAGCCAAACCUGAAGCUCCUGCCAAGGCCAGUGGGGGCAGUAAAGGCUCAGCAGAGUCCAGCAGAGCUCCGUCAGCCUCCAGGGCUCAGUCUUCCAACGAUGAUGUCACUGACCGUAAAUCUGAAGUGAAGAAGGUGAAGGGAGGAGCUGUUCCUGCUAAGAGGUCUCCCUCCCCUUCCGAGGACCCCGCCCCUUCCCCUCCCUCCAAGGACAAGGACAGUAAUGGUAGUAAAAAGCUGCCGGGCAAAAGAAAACCUGCUGCUGCUGCAGCUGAGAGAAGAGAGAGGGAGAGGGGCGCUGCUGGUAAGAAACCUGCGGCUAAAGGCAUGAAGGAGGACGAAGAUAGGUCUGGACCCAUCUUCACUCUGGUUCCUAACGCCAAAGAACAGAGGGUGAAAGAAGAGAAGCAGCUGAAGAUCCUGAAGUGGAACUUCAUCACGCCCAGAGACGAGUACGUGGAGCAGCUGAAGACUCAGAUGUCUACCUGCUUUGCCAGGUGGCUGCAGGAGGAGCUGUUUCACGUGGACUUCCAGAGACAAGUCAAGGCCAUCGGAGUCAUGAUGGAGAGGAUGGAGAGCGAGUGCGAGGCCACCAUUGGCUGCUUGGACCUGAUCCUGAAGUGGUUCACGCUGCGGUUCUAUGACACCAACACCACAAUUCUGAUGAAGGUUCUGGAGUACCUGAAGCUGCUCUUCACCACGUUGACCCAGGAGAAUUACCACCUGUCGGAGUACGAGGCAAACUCCUUCAUCCCCUACCUGAUACUGAAGGUGGGCGAGCCUAAAGACGUGGUUCGUAAAGACGUGCGCUCCAUCCUGGCCAUGCUGUGUAAGGUCUAUCCAGCGUCCAAGGUCUUCCCCUUCCUCAUGGACGGAACAAAGUCCAAGAACUCCAAACAGAGAGCUGAAUGUCUGGAGGAACUGGGUUGUUUGAUCGGAGCUUACGGGAUGAACGUCUGUCAACCAACUCCAGCCAAGUCUCUAAAGGACAUCGCAAUCCACAUCGGAGACAGGGACACGUCCGUUCGUAAUGCCGCUCUCAACACAGUGGUGGCGGUCUACAACGUGUGCGGCGAUCAGGUGUACAAACUGAUUGGAACGUUGUCAGAGAAAGAAAUGAGCAUGUUGGAGGAGAGGAUCAAACGUUCAGCCAAAAAGACUCAAGCUGCACCAGCCAAACAGAGCGCCACCGACAGGCCAGCUCCAAGAGAAAACGCCACCAAUCCUAAAGGCACAUUCCUGCGAAAACCUGCUCAGGAAGACCCCAACAAACUCAACCAAUCCCGUCAGAAUGCACAGCAGAGUGAGCAGUCCUCCGACUCCACUUCCAUUCCUAAGGAGUUCCAGCUGGACCUGGACCUGAUCGAGCGCGACCGGAAUAUUGUGUACGAGAUGCCUAACCUCAUUGAGCACAAGCUGGACGAGCUACUGGAACUGGAGCGACUGGAGCCAAUCACGAUGCCCAAAUGCACGGUGCGUGCAGCCUUUCCAAACUUUGAUGACGUUCACAACAGCACAGCGUCCACCAUCAACUUUGUCAUCUCCCAGGUGGCCAGCAGUGACAUCAAUACCAGCAUACAGGCCCUGGCUCAGAUCGAUGAGGUCCUGCGGCAGGACGACAAGGCUGAGGUGAUGUCUGGUCACAUCGACCAGUUCCUCAUCGCCACCUUCAUGCAGCUGCGGCUCAUCUACAGCACCCACAUGGCCGACGAGCACAUGGACAAGAAGGACAUCAUGAAACUCUAUAGUUGUAUCAUAGGGAACAUGCUGUCGCUCUUCUCAAUGGAGCCGCUGGCCAGGGAGGCAUCCAUGGGUGUGCUGAAGGACCUGAUGCACGGUGUCAUCAUGCUGAUGUUGGACAGCAGGGUGGAGGACAUGGAGGAUGGACAGCAGCUCAUCAGAUCAGUCAACCUGAUGGUGAUCAGAGUCCUGGAGAAGUCGGACCAGACAAACAUCAUCAGUGCGCUGCUGGUUCUACUCCAGGACAGUCUGUUCAUGACGACCUGUUCCCCCAUGUUCUCUCAGCUGGUCAUGAAGUGUCUGUGGCGGAUGAUCCGUUUCCUCCCUGAGACCAUCAACAGCAUCAACCUGGAUCGUGUCCUGUUGGACGUUCACAACCUGAUGAAGGUUUUCCCCAAAGACAAACUGAAGCAUUUGAAGAGCGACGUCCCCUACAGGACGCUGAAGACGCUGCUGCACACACUCUGCAAACUAACUGGAGUAAAGAUCCUGGACCACCUGUCCAUGAUCGAGAAUCGGAACGAGUCAGAGCUGGAGGCCUACCUGAGGCGUGUGGUCAAACACUACGGACAGCUGUCUGGACCCAAGACUGACCGGGACGAGAAGAACAGUCUGAGGACGAGUGAUCGACUGUCGAAGGCCAUGGUCAGUGACGUUCUUUCAGAGAUCUUCAAGAAGAUCGGAUCCAAAGAGAACAGCAAAGAAGGUCUGACGGAGUUGUACGAGUUCAAGAAGAACCACCCGGACAUAGACCUAGAGCCCUUCCUGCAGCACACUACCCUGGUCUUCCAGAACUAUGUGGAACGUGGCCUUCAGCACAUCGAGUCAGAGAAGGAGACCAAGUCCCGCAUCCAGAACUCAACAGUGAUCUCCCAGCACGGCCAGGACUCCAGCGUCUCCAAUGAGGAGGAGCAAAAAACGGCAGGUUAUUACGAGAGACUGAAGAUCCUUAAACAAAGAAUUGUCCACGAUAACAUGGGCGUCGGAGGGGGCGGAGACAACGAGCCAGCUCAGAGAGGCCUGGCCACCUCGAAGCCGUCAGUGCCGUCAUCCACCGACAUGCUGCACAGUAAACUGUCUCAGCUGAAGGAGUCCAGGGAGAUGCACCAACAGGAGCACAACGUGCACGCUCCUGCACACGCUCACGGAAGCUCCAGCUCCCCUGCCACCCUCGACGACCUGAAGAAACGUCUGGAGAGGAUCAAGAGCAACUGGCAAUGAGGAAGAGCCAAAGAGCUGGUAGAACCUGUGACAUCACAAUGUCAUCAUCAUCAUCAUACACAUUAGUUUCUUUUUUUUAAUUAACUUGAAGUUUACAAACUCACAUUUUAGAUUCAUGUAACAAACUUUUUUUUAAAGCGUUAAAAGACGAUGCUCACGCUGAAAACAGAACAGUUUUGGUUCUUCUCCACUAGGUGGCUAAAUCUGUUUUGAGUGUGACAGUGUAAGGUUUUCAUGGAGUAGUUGGCUCGAUGUCAGAGCGUCUAAGUGUUUCAACUCUGGAUGGACAGGAAGUUGGCGACAUUGUCACAAUUUGCUCUUAGCUUCUUGAAAAAUAUUUUUUACAGUGUACACAUUUAGCUUAGCAUUAGCCAGCGAAUGAUCGAACAGUCAUUUGUACGUUGAGGUGAGCGCAUUAAGAGUGAGUGAAAUGAUCGUACACACACACACGCACCGUCCUGUGUAACAGUUUUAUUUCCGUUCUAACAUGUUAUUUAAAGUCUUUGUUUGUUGUUUGUUUGUAAAUAUUUAAAAGUUGUACAAAACUCAGCUGUAACUGUGUGGGUGUAGCAGAAGCAGCUGAGCGUCAGCUCUUUCAGUGUUUUCAUUUUAACACCAAGUAACCGUUGCCCUCCAGUGGCAGACCGCUGAACAUCAUUCGUAUUUUAAAUCAACCUUAUCUGAGAUUCCUGUAGGUUUAAGACGCUGAUGUGACGUAGACGACCUCAGCUGCUUCUGGGUCUGACUUUUCAGUACGUUCUGCCCCGACAGGUACUUCCUCUGCUGCCAUCUAGUGUGCGUUCACUGCAGCCACUAUGACGGUCCAUUUGUUCUUAGCACUUAGCUUUUUGUUAUUGCCCUGCAGAUGAAAGUUUGUUGUUGGUGGGUGGAGUCAUGUACAGGUGUGUUUGUGCUGUAAAUACUGUAUUUAACAGUUAGCCCCGCCCCCACUUCCUGUAGAGCCAACAUGGCUUCCACUCUUUUCCUCACAGAAGCAUGAAGACGUUUCAUUUCGUGUAAAUAAAGUUCCUCUGAACAGACGCUGCUGUUCGAUGCCUUCAUCACUGGUCACAUGUUGGUGAUGAAGAUGAAGUGUCUUCUGUCGUGUAGCUGAAUGUUGACUUAAAAAGGACAAAAAAAAAAAAAUAACACAAUUAACUUUGAUUUUGUAUUUAAUUCAGUUCCAGUCUCUUACAUUGUUGCUGUAUAAUCCAUGGUGAAAAUGACAAUAAAGUCUUGUUUUUUAACAAUC